UUCACACGAAAAAUAAUUCAACUCGCAAAGAAUAAUAAUGGGUUUACUCUCACAGAAAACCCUUUAUUGUUUAACAAAAAGAAGUGAAUUCAUGGUCAAAAUGACAAAAGUCUCUCGUCUCAAAUCCAAGCAAUUUUGCACUUCUCAAAAUAGCCAAGAAAUAGUGACAGAAAUCACAAAACUUCUCCAUCAGGAUCGCUGGAAGUUUCUCAUUGAAUCAUCACAAAUACCCCAGAAGCUAAACCCAGAUUUGGUUCAGUCUAUUCUUCAACAAAACCAGGUACAGGACCCCAAACGCCUAUUUGCAUUCUUUAACUGGGUCAAUACUCGACUGGGUACCCGCCAAAAUUUGAGUUCUUUUUCAUAUCUAGCAAUAAUAUUGUGUAAGUCGAGGCUUUUUCAUUGUGCUGUUCGUGUGAUUGAUGGAAUGAUUGGUACCAAGCAGUCACAUUUUCAGAUUUUGGAGUCAUUGCUUGGAUGUUACAAAGAAUGUAAUGAGAGAGAUGUGCCUGUUUUUGAAUUGUUGAUUGAUUGUCAUAAAAAGGUCGGUCUUUUGGAUGAAGCUACUAAUGUGUUUCUUGGUGUUGUUAAAGAAGGUGGGCCAGUGCCUCGUUUGGUGUGUUGUAAUUCCUUUUUGAAGGAUUUGUUGAGGGGAAAUAGAGUGGACUUGUUUUGGAGGGUUUAUGAUGCAAUGCGAGAAGCUAAGGUCACUCCCGAUGUUUACACUUAUACUAGUCUGAUUACUGCUCAUUUUGUGGUUGGGAAUGCUAAGGAGGGUAAAAGGGUCCUUUUUGAAAUGGAGGAGAAAGGUUGUAGUCCGAAUUUGAUUACUUAUAAUGUGGUUAUUGGAGGGUUGUGUAGAGUUGGGGCUGUUGAUGAAGCUUUUGAGCUAAAGGAGAGCAUGGUUCGUAAGGGCUUGGCUCCUGAUGGAUUUACUUAUGGUAUUCUUAUUGAUGGGUUCUGUAAACAGAAGAGAUCGGGAGAGGCGAAGUUGAUGUUGAAGGAGAUGUGUGAUAGGCAUGUAAGUCCUGACCAGGUUGUGUAUACUGCUUUGAUUGAUGGGUUCAUGAAACAAAGUGACGUGGAAGAAGCUUUCCGACUAAAGGAAGAGAUGGUUGCAUAUGGUAUUAAAUUAAAUCGUUUCACCUUUAAUUCACUUAUUAGUGGAAUUUGUAAGGUUGGUGAGAUGGAGAAGGCAACAGCUCUAUUAAAUGAGAUGAUUGCAAUGGGGAUAGAUCCUGAUACACUGACUUACAAUUAUUUGAUUGAAGGAUACUGCCGAGGGCAUAACAUGGUUAAGGCUUAUGAACUACUUGCUGAUAUGAAGGGAAGGAACUUGGCACCCACGGUGUACACCUGUGGUGUGAUAAUAAAUGGCCUAUGUCGUUGUCGAGAUCUUGAACGGGCUAAUAUGGUUUUUGAGGAAAUGAUUGCUGGUGGUCUGAAACCAAAUAAUGUUAUAUAUACAACCCUUAUCAAAGGUCAUGUUCAGGAACACAGAUUUGAAGAGGCAAUAGAUUUUCUAAAGGUAAUGUCCGAGAAAGGUGUUUUGCCCGAUGUCUUUUGCUACAAUUCUCUUAUGAUUGGCCUCUGCAAGGCCAAAAAGAUAGAAGACGCCAGGAAUUACUUAGCUGAAAUGAUUGCAAGGGGAUUGAAGCCUAAUGUUUAUACUUAUGGGGCUCUAAUUCAUGGAUAUAUCAAGGCAGGUGAGAUGCAAGCUGCAGACAGGUAUUUCCACGACAUGCUUGGUUGUGGCAUGGCUCCAAAUGAUGUCAUUUAUACAAAGCUGAUAGAUGGACACUGCAAAGAGGGCAACAUAAAGGAAGCCUUUUCAACAUUUCGAUGCAUGCUUGGACGAGGGGUAAUCCCAGAUGAGAAGACUUACAGUGUCCUCAUUCAUGGUCUCUCCAGGAGUGGAAGAAUUCAUGAAGCAGUGGGGGUAUUCUCUGAACUCCGUGACAAGGGUAUGGUGCCAGAUGUUUUUACUUAUAGCUCCCUCAUUUCCGGCUUUUGUAAGCAAGGUGAUAUGCAGGAGGCUUUCCAACUUUUUGAAGAGAUGUGCCAAAAGGGUAUUUCUCCAAAUAUUGUUACUUAUAAUGCCAUGAUCAAUGGCUUAUGUAGGUUGGGUGAAAUUGAGAGAGCUAGGGAGCUAUUUGAUGGAAUCUCUGGAAAGGGUUUGGCUCCUAAUGGUGUGACUUAUACUACAAUUAUAGAUGGAUACUGCAAAUCUGGUAAUUUAACUGAGGCAUUUCGGUUGUUGAAUGAGAUGUCAUCAAGAGGGGUUCCUCCUGAUAGUUUUGUUUACUGUGCCCUAGUUGAUGGGUGCUGCAAAGAAGGAAAUAUGGAGAAGGCUCUGUCCUUGUUUCCAGAAAUGAUUCAGAAGGGCUUUGCUUCCACUUCUUCUUUCAAUGCUUUGAUUCAUGGUUUAUGCAAGUUAGGGAAAAUCAAUGUACCUAAUAGUCUGUUGGAAGACAUGGUUGACAAGCACAUCACACCAAAUCAUGUGACAUACACGAUUCUGAUUGAUUAUCACUGCAAGGCAGGAAAAAUGAAGGAGGCGGAGCACCUCUUACAGGCGAUGCAAAAAAGGAAUUUGAUGCCGAAUGUUAUAACUUACACUUCACUUUUACAUGGUUAUGACAGAAUAGAAAACAGAUCUAAGAUGUUCUCUCUUUUUGAUGAGAUGGUGGAGAGAGGAAUUGAGCCUGAUGGAAUAAUCUACAGCAUGAUACUUGGUGCUUGCUUAAAAGAAGGUAAUUUGGUGAAAAAAAUUAAAUUGGUGGAUGAAAUAUUUGUUAAGGGUGUGGCCAUAAACCAAAAUUUGUACGAUUCACUAAUAAAUUCCCUAUGCAAAGAGGAAGAAUUUUAUGAACUGUUGAAGUUGCUUGAUGAAAUGAGAGAGCAAGAAGCUAAGCUUAAUCUUCCUUCAUGUUGCACUCUCAUCCGUGGUUUUUAUGAAGCAGGAAAUAGGGACAAAGCAGCCACGCUUCUGGAAAAUAUGGUCCGGUUUAGAUGGGUCGCAGACUCCACUGUUAUAACCGACUUUGUCAAAGAAGACCAAAAUGCUACAAACUCUGAGAAUGCUGUCAAUUUCUUAAAGCAAGCAGCAAUUGGAGGUGUGCAUCAAGUGUAAACUUACGUGCUGGAGAAGAGAUCUGGAGUUUCUGGCCUUUGAACUAUUUCCUUCUUUGCCUUGUGAAAUGUAUUAUGGGAGCUGACCCCAUAAAAUACAGGGAGCUAACUCUAUGUUGGCCAUUAGUUUAGCAAAAUAUGGUGGCAGCCAAAAUAUGAUCAAGUUCACUGCAUAAUACUCUUCAUCAACAAAUCAUGGAGGAAAUUUUAUAAACCUGGGUUCCAGAUUCCAAUGGUAGAGAUGAGAAAGAUGACUGCGGAUUGUUGGCCAGUGAUGACAGGGGCAUAGAGUAAGUUUGGUGGUGACUGGUGAAUGGCGAUUGUGAGCAGUCAGUGGUAGAGGCAGAUGGGACGAAUAUUCACCUGAAGUAGUAGUAGGAAUGAUGCAAGUAAAAUGAGGGGGACAACUAAUUUAACCUUUAUCUUCUUACAUUGCAAUGGCUUCUGCCAUCAUUGGAAUGGCUCAGCUGAGGAACAUCUGUAGUAAGAUGAUGAGUCUAAGAGUUCCGGAGAGAAGAGAAAGUGGUAAAUCUUUCUCUUAUCAGUCACUGAGCAGAUGGUUGACUCUCCAAUAUCCGAGGUGACCCCUUCCAUGCUUAUUUAUUUGUAUAACCCUUCCAUCCUUAGAAAGUAAAAGUAAAGGUGCCAUUGAUUAUGUAUAUGUUAAAUGCAUAUGCAUAUGAAUUAUAUUUCUACAUACUGGGCACUAUCAGAAUCGAUUUUAUUACCCAGCUUUACAUGUGAUAGAAAAUUUACAAAAGUUUAUAUAUUAAGCUUCUGCCUUACAGCCUUACCGACUAAUGUUUCCCUAUUAAUUAAACAUCUUUCUUGAGAAGGUUCAGGAAUUCAAAGAUUAACAUUAUGCACUUGAUUUGCCAAUGAUAUUAA